AAUGCACUGUAUAAAAUCUUUGAUUAUCCACAGCAAAAUCACAAGGGAGCUGAAUCUUGAUCAGAAAAUGAACUCUUCUAUCAUCGUAUGUUUCGUCGCCGUCUUGAUGAUUGGUAUCGCUGAUUGUCAAGAAUCAUGUGGCAAUCAAGAAUGUACUGCAGAUCAAUGCUGCCUAGGUGUAUUCAUGAAGAGAUGCGUAUCUCGUCUAAAAGAAGGUGACUUUUGUGGACUUGGAGGAGGUUUCCUACGAUGCAAAGAGUGUGCUGCAGGUUUGGAAUGUAAAUCUUACAGAUGUGCUCCUAUAGGCUCAGAGACGACCAGUUCUGUGCCUAGCACAGAGAUGCCUACAAUGCCUUCUACUGAAGUUGAAACUUCACCACCAACUGAAGAGACUACGGUAGCUUAGGAAAAGCAUUCAACUUUGUAUCAGUUUCCUUUAAAUAAAGCAUUUUGAAGAUAA